AUGUUUUCUACCCUAAUAGACUUUCCCGCUUACAGUGCAGUGGUUGGGGGCGUAAUAGCCCUGCCCUGCAAUGUGACGCCCCCCUCAUAUGAUGACGGGGUAUCACUGGUGCUGUGGUAUAGGGACGACACGGGAAAUCCCAUUUACUCGGUCGACGCCCGGACCACACAUUUAGAUAACGCCAAACACUUCUCGGCCACAGAAAUACUGGGCACGAGAGGUGUGUUUAACAUAACAUAUCCGAUGGCAUACAUGCGGAUCAAUCCCGUGAAGGCCAACGACGGCGGCGAAUACCGGUGUCGAGUGGACUUCCGUCGCGCCCGUACUGUCAACAGAAUUCUUAAGCUCAAUGUUAUAGUGCCUGUUUCCAAAGUGGUGGUCUUCGAUGACGCCGGCAAUAGGAUCAGUGACAUCGCCGGUCCCUUCAACGAAGACUCUUCCGUUAACCUCACCUGUGAUUCCGAAGGAGGAAACCCGCCGCCAGUGGUCAAGUGGUGGAGGGGCUCCUCCAUAGCCGAUGAGAGCUACUUCACGACACCCAAAGGGCUCAUCAGAAAUGUGAUACAACUGCCAAAGCUGUCCCGCGACGACCUCAUGAUGGUAUUGACCUGUCAGGCGUCCAACACUAACCUAACAGUGCCCGCCUCUCAGACCAUUGCCAUUGAUCUCAAUCUGAAGCCAAAAGAGGUGCGAAUCAUAACACCGGCCCAUAAUAUGUCGGCCGGAGAUCGCGUGGAACUGGUCUGUCAGUCGAGCGGUUCCCGACCGCCGGCGAAGAUCCAGUGGUGGAAAGGGUCGACACAAGUGGACAGCAGUGGCGAGAGUGCUUCCGAUGACGGCUCGGUUACCACCAAUUUUCUGGCGUUCGUGCCUUCGGUGGACGAUAACGGGAAGAGACUGUCCUGUUCUGCCACUAAUCUCCAGUUUCCCGACUUUCAACUCCAAGACAAUUGGACAUUAAAUGUCUUAUACGCACCGCUGCUAUCAUUGAUUUUGGGCGCCAGUAUUCAACACCAGGAAAUCCUCGAAGGAAGUGAUGUAUACUUCGAGUGCAAUAUUCAAGCCAACCCAGCGGUCAGCGAAAUCGGUUGGCUAUACAAUGAGCAGCCGUUGAGCUCGGAGUCGAGCGCCGGAAUACAAGUGCGAAACAAUUCGCUAUUCAUUCGCCGCAUAGGAGCCAAAGCCCACAGAGGAAAGUACCAGUGCUUCGCCGUCAACAGCCAGGGAAGGGGCGAAAGUGAAGUCGUGAAUCUCAAAGUUCAGUGUAAGUCCGCU